AUGGCAGCCGACCACGCCGACAUCUACGACUCGAUGACGAUGCAGUCAGACAGCGAGACAUACGACCAGCCCGACGUCUCACCACCGUCGUCGCCUUCCUCGGACUCCGCAUCGCCAUUGAUCCUCUACUCACCACCUACCUUCUGGGGCCUGGUGCGGGGCGCCGCCAUCAACCUCCUUCUGCCUUUUGUCAACGGUCUCAUGCUGGGCUUCGGCGAGCUAUUUGCAAACGAGCUCGCUUUCCGCUUUGGCUGGUCAAACACAAAGGUCUUCCCCAUGCACAGACGAGUCGGUCCCGGUGUCGAGAUGCGAGUGGACCCCAUCGAGAAGAGAAGACGCAAUGGACAAGAGUUGGAUGCCUACACGAGCUUGGAGUAG